UAAUAAUUAGGGAAAUGGAAGGACGUACAGAUCAAUUGAUUUUGUUGAAGCCGAAGGAGUUGAAGAAGAAGUUGAACGCUGCGAUGGAAGAUGGGAUAAAUUCGAUAGUGUUUUGUACGCUGGAAGGGUCUCCUCUAGCGCAAGUGACGGAUCCGGGGUAUAAGAGCAAGACUGCAGUGGUUGCAAAUAUCUUUUAUGAGUAUAUGGACUUGGGAACACAUGCGUUUAAUGAGAAUACUUUGGAAAGUAUAAUUAUAGAGAACCAGGAAGGCUUUGUGAUGGCUAAGAACGUUCAUAAUCAUAUUUUAUGAUUCUUCUGUCAAGACACUUGCAAGAAAGGAUAUAUAAUGAGAAAGAUGGAGGCUUUAGGAGGGGCUCUUAGCACUCAACUCGAGCCAUUGAAUAUGGUCCAGUAAUUAGAGUCAAUCAAAUUAUUUAUAAAAAUAAC